AUGAACACUGGACCCGGCCAGGGCGCCCAUGGGCCAUCGUCUCUACCAAACUGGUGGCCCGCCGACCCUCGUCUCACCACUUCAUCGACCUCGGAUGUCAUGAGUCAACUAUGUCGUGUGUGCGGAGAACCAGCCGCCGGUUUUCAUUUCGGAGCGUUUACGUGUGAAGGAUGCAAGUCGUUUUUCGGUCGGACCUACAACAACCUGAGCUCGAUUUCGGAGUGCAAGAACAACGGCGAAUGCGUGAUCAACAAGAAGAACAGGACGUCGUGCAAGGCGUGCCGGCUGCGCAAGUGUCUGGUGGUGGGCAUGUCCAAGAGCGGGUCCCGGUACGGCCGGCGGUCCAACUGGUUCAAGAUCCACUGCCUGCUCCAGGAACAGCAGCAGCAGCACCAUCACCAGCACAACAACAACAACAACAACAACAACAACAGCAACCACCACCAGCAACUCCCGCCCCACCAGCAGCAGCAACCGCUCCCGCAUCACCAACAACAACACCGUCAGUCCUCGGGCCUGCAGCAUUUUCAGCAACAGUCGGCGGCGGGUUGCAGGCUGUCACUGGACCACGGCCGUACGCCACCGCUUUGGGCCGACGUCAAACACCACCUGCGCUUGGACGCGGACAACAACAACUCCGUGGCCGGUGACCUGAACAAAGACGGCGUAGGUGGCCGGCUGUCCGCGUCCGCAGCCGCCGCUGCCGCGGCCGUCGUGCAGGCCGUCCGACCGGAACUGCUGCGGUGGCCCUCGCCGUUCUUCUCGGCUUUCCCGUUCCCGCCACCCGCGCCGUUCUUCCUGGCCCUGCAGCAGCAGCAACAGCAACAGCAGCUGCAGCAACAGCAACUGCAGCAGCCUCCGACGCCGCCGCCGCCGCCGCCAUCACGUGGUCACCGGUCAUCGCGAAGUCCGUCGUACCGGUCGUCGACCGCGGACGACGACAGCUGUGCGGGUGACCGCGACGAGGACGACGACGGGCCGCCGCCUUCGAAGCGCGUCGCCGUCCACCGCGACCCGCCGCCGGUCCAAGAAUCUCCGAUGGAUCUGUCGGUGACCGCGGCCGCGUCCACGCCGUCCCGGCCACCGUCGCUCGGUUCCCCGUCGCUCCUACCUUACGUCGGCGGACGAUCGCCCGGCCACAGCCCGGAGGACCGGUCACGACGCAGGCGCCGGCGGCCGCGCAGGCGGAGACGGCAUCCACUGGUAGACUCUGCUGACCGGACGUCCGGUUCGGACGACGACGACGACGACAGCGCGGCCGGAAGUGACUCGGCGGCGGUGUCCGACUCGAACGGAUCGGCCGACGGUUGCCGGCCGGAGAAAAACGCUCCUCUGGACUUGACGUGCAACCGGUCGUAG